UUGUUUUUUCAAAUGAAUUGGAAUAUUCUACCAUAAUAUGCCUUUCGGAUUAGUCCACAAAUUACGAACCACAAGCCAAUUCCUGUUGCCGUGCUCUAUAGUUUAUGUGAUUAUUCUUUUAUAUAAUUUAGUUGUUUCCUGUGGAAUCUUGGCUUUUCCUUAUCAACAAUGGUCAUUUUCCAAUGUGUCCCAAGACUUUCUGCAAUUUAUAUUUUCUGUGAUGUAUUAACUGCUAGGACUAUCAGCUUUUGUUCCCUACCAAUGGAAUCUGUAUGAGGAAAUUGUUUAAUAUUUACUAGGACUACAACUUGUGUUCCCUACCAAUGGAAUCUGUAUGAGGAAAUUGUUAAAUAUUUUUUUGAUGAAUAAUAAUUUAUUAGAAGAAGCAAAGCUCUCAUACAUGAAAAGUAUACAAGAGAAGCAACUUCAUAAAUAUUUAAUCAGGCACUCAUGUUUGUAUAGGUAGGAACUUGUGUUGUGUAUGGUAGUUAGACCCUUGACGUCUGUCAGCAGCUUGGAGAUUCACCUGGAAUUAUUUUAUUCUGACCAUUAGACACAUACACACACACACAUCGUAGUUAUUCCUUUGAUAUUGCAUUGGAAAUUAGCAUGGCCAAACAUUACUUACAAGCUCGUUUCUGUUUGUUUACUUGAUUUGAGUCCCUCAAAAUGUUUAAAUAGCUUAGCUCUGGUUUGUUGCUUUUAGCUUUGGCAUUUUCGUUAGUGGCAACACUUUGAUGGCUAUCUGAUCUGAAAUGCUUUGUCCCGUUUUCUUAAUUAUGUGUGAUCUCUUUUAGCUAGGAAUAAGGGGAUAUCUUUUGUAGCCAUUGAUUUAAAGAGGCCUCUGUCAGAUCAAGGUCCUUUUGAUGUUGUUUUGCAUAAGUUGUCAGGAAAGGACUGGUGCGAGGUUAUUGAGGAAUACAGGCAAAAACAUCCUGAAGUAGCAGUCCUUGAUCCUCCAGAUGGGAUACAACAUCUACACAAUCGCCAGUCCAUGCUUCAGGAUGUGGCAGAUCUAAACUUGUCUGACUGCCAUGGCAAGGUUGGUGUUCCAAGGCAGUUGGUCAUUACAAAAGAUCCAUCUUCUAUUCCUUAUGAAGUUACUAAAGCUGGGCUAAAGUUGCCACUGGUGGCAAAACCUUUAGUUGUGGAUGGAAGUGCCAAGUCACAUGAACUAUUUCUUGCUUAUGAUCAAUUCUCCCUAACAGAACUUGAACCUCCUUUGGUUCUCCAGGAGUUUGUUAACCAUGGUGCCAUCCUCUUCAAAGUUUAUAUUGUUGGGGAAACCAUAAAGGUUGUGAGGCGUUUCUCUCUACCUAAUGUUAGUAAAUGUGAGCUAGAAAAAGUUUCUGGUGUGUGCCGUCUCCCAAGGGUUUCAUCUGCUUCAGCUUCAGCAGAUGAUGCAGAUUUGGAGCCUGGUGUUGCUGAACAUCCUCCACGGCCUCUGCUGGAGAAGCUUGCAAGGGGGCUCCGUCGUCGACUGGGUCUCCGGCUGUUCAACAUAGAUAUGAUCCGAGAGCAUGGAACCAGAGAUGUCUUUUAUGUGAUUGACAUCAACUACUCUGCAGGGUAUGGGAAAGUGCCAGACUACGAACACAUAUUUACAGAUUUCCUUCUGAGCCUAGCGCAGAGCAAGUAUACGAAGAGACCUGCUACUUAACAAUUGGAAGUAGAUAUAUCCAUUGUCCAUGAUGUUUGUUGCAGGUGUGCUCCAUGGAAAUUGAAGAACACUCAAAUCUAGUUUUUACGUCUGUACUAACUGACUGGCCAAAUGAGCAAAUGUCUGGUGUCCAUGUGUCCUCAUAAACUUGCAUUUGAGACAAAUCACCACUUCCCAAUCUGUAUGGGGCACUGACCGAUUCUCUCUUCUCGUAAAGGAUUCAACCUGGUUGCCUUCCCUGACGGAAAUUUUCUACAUACCGAAUCAAGUAAAAGAAGCGAAGCUUGACACUACAAAUACCCUUCCGCUGUUUUUUAAUUUUUUUUUAGUAGUUUUUGUAAUUCCUUUUGUUUGUUCGUUGUUCUUUUCUUUUCCUUAUCUUUUGGCUCCUGUUAUUGCUAUUAGCUUCGGGUUAUAGACUUGCAAAUCUUUAUAGAAAUGCCUUUUGUUCUUGAUUUUAAA